AUGGCACAUGAUGCUGUGUCUCUGAGCUGGGAACCUCCUGAAGGACUGACUGAGUCGCUGAGAUUCGGAGUCACCUGGAAAUGUGAAAGCACAGGAGCUUUGCUCUGUUCUGAAGUGCCCGUUACAAAUCUUCCUAUUCAAGGCCUCACUCCGGGAGUGAAAUAUGAAUUUACUGUAGCCACCAUCAGUGACAGUGGUGGGCAAAAUGUUCUUGUGCCAAAGGAACUGACCGUGAACGAAGUGACCACAUCAUCAGCUCACCUUAGCUGGACUCUGCCACAUGAGAUGGACCUGACUUCUCAUAGUUUCCUCAUAUCUUACUCUAGUGAAGGGAAAGAUGAAAGGUUCAUCUCCACUUCCUCGUGCAGCACAGUCAUCACAGGCUUACAACCAGACACAGACUACACUGUCAAUGUCUCCGUUGUGUGCCACAGUGGAAUUUGCCAGCCUGCUUCAAUCACCAUCCAUACUAGCCUUGUACAUGGAAAACCUAAUGGCUCGGACAGGGCCAUAAACAAUUCCAGCCAAUCAACACAGUUGUCCAGGGGCACGAAGGGAGAUCUCCCUCCUCCUGGGCAAAUCAAGAUCACGUCAGUGGCACAUGAUGCUGUGUCUCUGAGCUGGGAACCUCCUGAAGGACUGACUGAGUCUCUGAGAUUCAGAGUCACCUGGAAAAGUGAAAGCACAGGAGCUCUGCUCUGUUCUGAAGUGCCAGUUACAAAUCUUUGCAUUCAAGGCCUCACUCCAGAAGUGAAAUAUGAAUUUACUGUAGCCACCAUCAGUGACAGUCGUGGACAAAGUGCCAAAGUAGUUUCAACAGCUCAAACAACAGAAGUUCCUGUGCCAAAACUGACCGUGGACGAAGUGAACACAACAUCAGCUCGCCUUAGCUGGGCUCUGCCAUAUAACAUGGACAUGACUCCUCAUAAAUUCCGCAUAUCUUACUCUAGUGCAGGGAAAGGUCAAACAUAUAUCUCCACUCCCUGGUACAACCCAGUCAUCACAGGCUUACAACCAGACACAGACUACACUGUCAAUGUCUCUGUUGUGUGCUACAGUGGAAUUUUCCUGCCUGCUACAACUACCUUCCAUACUAGUGGUGUUGAGCGACCUUCUAAAGACAAACAACCCUCCAUCCCCUCUACCUCUCAAGGGAAGACAUAUUACACUCUUGCUCUUGGAAAGUCAGCGGAAUACUCUGAGGGUAUCGAAACAUGGCUCAAACCUCUAACUAAGGAGAAAUCGAUACAGAGUUGUGAUAUGAUCCUGGCUACCUGCGUGGUUGUGUCUCGUGUUGGAACGGAUGUUGAAGCAGCACUGAAAGACAUCCCUGAAGCGAAGCCGACCAUUCUGGUGGUUCUGCACCAUACCUUUGAUCCUGAUCAUGUAGUACCAGACAGCAAUAGGUUUACCAAAAGGGAUGACAUGCUCAUUGUGGACUGUCUGUUUAAUGAGGAUGAUGGAUUAUUGAGAUGUGAAAGAAAUUACAUUUCACAAUCCACAAUGUUGAAAUGGAUCGACGCAAAGGUUUCUUGUUCCAAAGUGAGACGAUUUGGUAGGUUUCUAUCACGUGGUGGGAUACAGGAUGUUAAAGCAAAGUUUGCAGGUGUCCAUUAAAGAAACACCAUGGAGUGUUUCCUCACUCUUUAGUUGAUCCUGAUGUCUAUGAAGUGAUUUGAAGUCGGCCUUGGAGGAUCCCAUGAUAAUCCCGUUCUUAAUAAUGCUCCUGUCAUCAAAGAAUGUGUGUUAUAUACUAUAUAUAGAAAAUAUUGCAUAUUAUAUACAUUACAUAUAUUCACAAACUUUGGCAUGAUUUCACUAUAAAUUAUACUAAUCUUAAACUAAUACAAAAAUGAUAUGCUAACUUUGCUUAAAAUGUUGAAAAGAAUAUUUCAUCUUUAACUUCCUGCCCUUUAGUUUUUUUGCAUGCCACUGUCUAGCAAGGUAUCUAAAAUUGUGUAGUGGAACAGAUGAAUAGCUACACAGUUCUCUUGCAUACAGACCACGACCCAGAGCGGUUACACCUAAGUUAGUAUCACAGUAUGCCACAAAACACAUGUUGUGGCUCCUGACAGCAGAGCCUACACACAACAUUUGGAGCGAGCAUGGCUGACAUUUAAGGUGGGAAUACUGGCUCAGCAGGCACCACACAUUUAACAUAAUAGGCCGUCUAUUACAUGACGUUAGGAAAUAGGCUGUCCAUAACUGCUAAACUCAAAUUAGCUCUCAGUAUUCAUGCUCCACGUGCAAAAGGUGGGUGGACUGCAGUUAUAGGUUUGUUGAAGUGACUUUGAUAAUCUUCAGGACAACAUUGUUGUAUAAUGUUUAGAUAUAAAUGUUUAACUAGUAGAUUAACAUAGGAUGCAUUACAAUUAUCAUUGCAAAAAGUGUGUAAUUGAAACUGAAUCUACCUCAAUUGCUUUCAGUACUUUUUAUCUUGGCCGUUUACGUGCUGCUAUACAGUGAUGAGAGAGCUUUAUUUAAAAAAGCCUGAACUAUUGAAAUGCAGUUGAUGGAUAGGAAUGGGUAAUCAUUUUCAUUUAGGCUGUAUUGAAAUUGAGGUUACAAUAAUAAGAUGCAAAAGUAAUUUGGUUGCACUGGUUUUAUUUUCUGCACGAAAAUUUUUUAUUGAAAUUCAUGUUGCAUUAAUAAAAAGAAAA